GGCGAACAAACGGUUAACCGAAGAUGCAAGAGGUGCGUGAGUCUGACUGAGCAUGUGCUGCUGCUGCUGCUGCUGCUGCUGCCGCUGCCUCUGCUGCUGCUGCAGUGAAGUAAAAUGUGUCAGUUUCCAGUCGGACAGCAGAGACACCGUGGAGAAGGAGGAGGAAGAGGAGGAGGAUCAGAAGAAGAAGAAGCCGGGGACAGCAGACGACAGCAGCGCGACAUCCUGGACGACCUGAGUUUGAUCCGCUGAGGGAGAAACCGCAGAGAGAGGUAAAUAAAAAAAAGGAAAAACCUGCACUGAGGAUGAUUCAUGUCCGUCUGCUGGAGGAGCAGACUGUAAGCGACACAGCCAACAACACGUUGGGAUAUAGGAAGCGUGUGUCUGCUGAAGGGAGCAGCAGAUCUGAUGGCAUUCGUGGGCUUCCGCGUUGAUCUGGACACAUUAGAUUUAGGAUUGGUUCAUUUGGAGAAGUGUUUGCAUGUGUGCACGCGUGUUUUUGGAUGAAAUGCAUGUAAAAUAAGAGGCUGAAUACUUGAUUCAAACUAACAAUCCAUCCUGAGUUGGGCUGUUCUACCUGUUCAUAUGUGCAGGACAUGCAUUGACCUCAGUGGAAUGUAGUCAGCCUCUUUUUGUUUCUGUUAUACUUUAAAAUGCAAGAAUAUCUCCAAAAAGUAGCUUUUUUUCAGCGUUAAGAGUCUGCAUCCCUUAUGUUUGUGGAGGAUAACUGCACCGCACUGCUCAGUAGGAAGGAGGCGUGAUGCUGCAGCGGAGUCCCAGCAGCCUGGGCCUGCGCACUGCCUCAUAGUUUCCAGGGACAAAAUAAGAUGACUUUGGCCGUGCAGCGUAAUUACAACCCGUGGAGUUUAUCUACACAGCAGAUUGACUUCUAUCGUGAUUAAAAACCCUCAGCCCAGUCAGUGCUUUUGUAGGGAAAUGUUGCUUUUUCGUGAUCCUCCAUCCUUCAUUGAUUUACUCCAUAUAAGGCCUGCAGUUCACUAUCAAUUGGGGUGAGAUAAUUCCUGUUGCUGCCCGGGGUAUAGCCUAUAUUCCCCCCCUCUCUGCUUUGCUGUGUCUGUAUUGACAUCUUGGACCUAUUUAUAACCCACACACAAUCCUUUCCAGAGAGGAAUCCCCAUGAUAGAGGCACUGAUUUAUUAAAAAAAUAAUCAGUUCGUCUCAGCUGUGUGCUUCAGUGGGCUAUAACUGCACUUCUCAUUUCAGAUCCCUAUUAUUACAAACCAUAUAAGGUACAACAGGAACUUGCAGGUUGAGUAUGCAUAGAAGGUCAUCUCUGAGGUAGAGGAGUAGGGAUGGAAAUCGAGAACCAGUACCAAAUGGUUCAAUCCAUCGACAUCGUUUACAUUUCAUUUUAACGAUUCCUUUUUUUCCGGAUGCUUUGGGAAACAGUCUUAUGGGACGCAGUCCACGAGAACAGACUUUGAGGAAAACAACAUGGUAGACAGUACGAGAAAUAGGCAGAAACGACUUGAAGCGUGGCGUAAUUUUACUAAGAAAGACGACAAUGAGUUUUGAGUUUGUGUAGCAUGGACUAUCUGAGUUAGAAGUGCGUAAAAAACACUCGACCUGACAAGAAAAACCCUCAAAAUUUUGCAGGCGACUUCACCCCGGGUAGCCAUGUCCUCUUUUUGGGGAUCCAGAAUGUAGUCACUCUAAUUUGACUAAAUACUGACUGAAGUAAAUGCUGUACAAAUAUUUUGUCGUUUGAUUAUUUUUAGACUCUCACUGAAGCUGGCAUACAUCUUUUUCUGUUAUCAGAGACUCAGUAAAAUUUUGAGUUAACAUUUAAAACCAAUAGUCGACUUUUUUUUUAAAUCAAAGAAAGGCAUUGAUAAGGGAAUCGUUUUGAGAAGAAUUGAAUCGAUAAACAGAAUCUUUAAUGGCAUCGAUAUCGAUAAAAUCUUAUCAAUUCCCAUCCUUAUAGAGGAGUUUUUCCCAAAUCAAAAUGCUCUCUGUGCACAUGUAAGGAAAUAGUCACAACCUACACUCCCUAUUUGGAUGUAUUGUGUAGUUAUGUUUGCCCUUUAUACAUUUACUUUUUAUCCUAAAUUUGGCUGAUGCAUCUGUUUUUAAAUGUCACCCAAAUACUUUUUCAUUUCUGCACUUGAUUCAAUUUUUUUAAUCCAUGUUUGUGACUGCUAACACAAAUAUCAAAAACUACAUAUAUAUAAAAACUACAGAUGUAUAAAUAUCUCGCAAGACAACGCAGUUAUGGCAGCCACAACCAACAUGAGAGCCAGCUCAGGUGAAAAUAUUGACUUUACACCAAUGAAGAUUUAAUACUGUAAAAUAUAAUCUACAAGUAAAUAAUGAUAAUCAUAUAAUAUGUAAUAUUUUGCUGGGCUUAACCAAUGGCACCGUCAGAUAAUGAAAGAUAAAGAUAAAUACAGUCUUGUAGUAAAAGGCGCAGUUCCUCAAAUGUCCACUUGAGGCUGGUCUCGAAAGCUUACAGGAAAUGGAUUGGUGCGGUUUCUGCAGCAUUCUUGUAGGAGGAAAAGUGAGAAAAAACAGAAACUCAAGAGUCGUCCAAAUGAACGUGAGCAUAUGUCUCUGGACUUUACUGACUCGAGGGAUCUUGGUAUUUGAUGGGACAGUUAAAUGUGCUAGCAUAGCGAAUUGUGCGCUAUAAGGCAAUAAUGCACUGAGGCUACAGGGGCUGUAGUUCUUGUCAGUAGUUGCAGGAUUGAGUCCACCUCCGAAAGGGCAAAAAUAAUGUUUUCUUUAUCUGCAGUGACAGUCAAACUUCAUAUCUAUACUGUUGUAAUGCCACAAAAUAAAAGCUGAUAAAUGUCAGGGAUUCACGAGAACACAUUUCCACGAAUCUGAGAUUUUAUGAAGGGCUGUGACAUUUGAUCAAAGUGAGUUUCCUUCACUGUGGAUGAAAACGUCUCCUGUAUCGUCCUGGAAAUCAGAAAUCCUUUCUCCCCACUUUGACUCGACCCAAAAUGACACUGUUUCAGAUGCUAAAUAUUGAACUCUGCUCACAGCAGGUGACUGUUCAGCUCAGACCCUCUUUUGUUUGUCAAAGAUCUCUGUCCCUGAAACCUUUGCAGAGCAGCCAGCGUCAAUUAUGCGUCGUCAGCGAUUGAUUAUAAAGCUUCUUUGUCUGAUAACAGAUUAACAUGCGCAUGCAUCCCUCCAUUAGAGGCAUUACUCUCCUCUGCACCAUGAUGACCAUGUCAGUAAAUCUCCUGCUUUCUCUGUAGCUGCUCCAAGAUUUCUAAUCUACGGGGCAUGACCCACAUGCUAUUCAGGACAGGGGGGCUUAGCUCCCAUGUCUUAGGGUCUUUCAUUAAACUGCAGAGAGCUCUGGUGAGUGUGUGCGGGAGGGGGGCUGGAAAAAGAGGAUGUCAGAGUGCGAAAGAAGACACUUUUAGAGGAGGACUUAGCAGUAGAAGUAUUAAACUACAGAUUUGUUGAUAACCGAAGAGAUGGAGAAACCCCAGAGACCCCUGAUUCCAGCCCAUUAGUUUUUGUAGGUUUAAUUUAAUAGAAUAAAGGUCAGAGCUGAUGACAAUGCACCUCCAGGGUCCAUGUAUUAUCCGUCCAUUCAAUUAUUCCAUUCAAUCUUAUACGAAAAAAAAAGAGUCAAUAUUUUGUUUAUUUGUUUUUCUGUAUAACCAAAAAAUAAAAGAAUAGUGUUUGUUUUCGCAUUUUUAGCUCAAAACAGAAUUUAUAAUAGAGAAUUAAAUAAAAACGAAAUAAUAACUCUUAUUUACAAUUAUUGUAUUUGAGUGCGCCUGUUUUGAGCAUACGUGCAUGGAGGCUACACUGGCCUUCCCAUGAUCCUCAGCGACAGUAACCAAGGCGAAAGAUGCGACAAGGCCAAAAUCCCACGUUGUAACAGAGCUCUGGUUGGCUGGUCUGGCUUUGAAUGAUACGUAGGAUACGUCCAUCUCCACGACAGCAGGUUAGCCUUUCUGUACCGCUCUGGCCUGGAGUUGUUGGUCCACGUUGUUGGCUACUUUGUUGUGCAUGUGCAAACAGUAGAAAGGCAUCGUGGAAAAUAACCCGAUAACGAAAAUUAGAUUUAUUAUUUUGUUUUCGUUUCCAUCUCAAUUAUAUAUUCUGUUUUGAACUGAAAAUAUGAAAACAAAUACUAAUCUUUUAUUUUUUGGUUAUAUAGAAAAACAAUGAAUAGAAUAAUUGAAUGGACAGAUAAUACACGGACCCUCCAGAGAUGCAACAAUCUGACUUCUUUGGUGUCAAUUUUAGAUUUUAAACAAAACUGAGUACUGAUCAGAUACCGUGUAGACGUCAAGCUGGUUCGUGAGCUGAUUCACUGGCUGUUUCAUGAGUUGUUGCUAAUGAUGCUAAUGGUUAUUAGCUAAAUGCUAAUGUUGUUGUAUCAUCGUAGUGACUCUCUGCUGUUAAAAAGCUCUACUACCUGGAUGAAAACAAACACAGUUGACAGAUGAAACUAUUUCUACUCAAAGGAUUUGAUCAGCUGAUGUGAAAAAAUGAAUUUGAAACAUGAUCUUUGGAUUGAUUUUAUCAUGUUAAGCUUUGGACUGUUUUCUCAGCAGGUAUUUCAAAUAGCCGAAUACUUCUUGGCAUUGCUGGAGUAUAAUCCUCCCAAACAUCCGACACAUUAGCUUCUUUUGUCCUUAUUGGAGCGAAAAAAGCCCACCCAGAGGAGCUCCGCUGGCUUAAGACAUGGUACAUGUACAGAGACGUAAACAGAGAGAGGCUUUAUUUAGUCUGGCUACUUGAGUUGAUAUAAAACCUUUGUCAGUGUCGUUCACCAUCAGUCAAAGUGAAAAUAAGAGAGAGAGAUGCUUUGUCUUCUGAAGCUGACAGAACUGCGUAGAAUGGUGAAAUGUUUGACCCCUGGUGGUCCAAACACAAUUAUCACUGAGCUGUGUAGAAGUAAGAAAGAGACUGUGGCUUCAACUUCACCCUCUGGCCCUCUUUUUUCAGUCUUCGCUUCAACCUUUUCUGUCACUUUUCAUGCGAACAAACGAGUGCAACACUAAAAGCAGCUUCAAGAGAGGUUUUCUGAAAGAGUUCCCCCUCCCGUCCCUGAUGUCCUCUCUCUUUGAUGGCUGUUUUUUUUCCCCUCUGCCUCCCAGUGCGGCCAUUCAGAACAACUCUAAACACUUUUGACCCACUUCUAAUCUACUCUAGUUUCCGAGUUGUUUUCCAAACUUUUUCCUCUCCAUUUUGAUAGACUCAGGAUGGACACUUUUUUCUUUGAAAUAAAAACAAACAAACAUUUUUUUGGUCACUUUUUUUAAACACCACCAAAGCCCUUCAUUGAUGUUAAUGCUUCUCUGUGUGUGAUACUUCCAUCCUGUGAGAAUUAACAUUAAAAAUUUGCAUUUUAUAAGUUAUACAACAUAGAAAAAAGUCAAUGUUGUGUUCUUUCAUAGCAGCAGGGAGAAGACAGAUAAAAGCAGAAUGAAAAAGGUUGUCUUUUUUCAAAGGUAUUUGAUGUGUUAAAGGUCCUGUAAGGAAUUUAUGGCUGUUAACAAAAAGCAAAUUUAUGAGUUUUGUGAGCAAACAAACAAGACUGUUAUCAGAAAGAUUGAAAACGUUGGUAACUCUUUACAAUAACCAUAACUUAUAAAUGGUAAAUAGACCAUUAAUAAAUUGUAAAUUUUACAAUUUUAAAAACCUAACACUAACCCUAACUUUACAGUAACCAUCUAAGUAAUGUUUAUAAAUGGUUUAAAAACCAAAUAUUAACCAUUUACAAAGUGUUUCUGACACACAUUUAAUCUAGAUAUUUUACAACCAAUAUUUAGACCCAUAUAAACCUUUGAUUAAUAGUUCAUUAAUAAUUAAUGACAAUCAUAAAUCAUAAUUUCAAUGCUUGUUAAUGGUAAAGUAACUAUUAACUUACAUUAACAAACUAUCGAUUUGUCAUUUAUAAUUGAUCUAUUUGCUGUUUUUAAAUGAUGAUUAAACAAUAAACUAUCUAUUUAACAUUUAUAAAUAAUGGUUAUUGUAAAGUGUUACCAAAACGUUUAUACUAUAAAUAUUAAGCUAGUAUUUGACGGGGGUAGGUGGCAGACAAGACAAAUCACAGCACAGUCAAGGAAACAUUGAUAGGUGAUGACUGUUACGAGAAAGCAACAAAAAGAAGACAAAUAAACGAGGUGCUAGUUUGUCCACAGGGGGCGCCAAAUCAAUACCAUUAGAAGUGUCUUACAGGAGCUUUAACAUAUCAUAAUUAAUAAAAAUAGCAUGAAAAACGACCAUUUUUGCAUUGCCUGACUUCACUGCAGGAACUCAGCGCUUUGAAAACUUGGAGAGUAGUCUGUGUGUCCUCUUAUGAGCCAAAAUACACCAUAAAGAUCCAUUUAGGAGCUGAAAGCGUUGGUUCUUGCUGAGCCAAAUGAUCUGGAUCACUUUCAACAGCAUGAAAUCCCAUCACUUGGAAAGUCUAUGUUGAAGUUAUUUACCUGAAAAGGAAGAAAGAUCCAAACCUGAGUCUAACAUGGGAAGAUGGAUCACAAACAACUUGAGCAGGAUUGUAUAUCUUUGAAGAAAUCUGUGGCUCUAAAUGGAUAUAAGGUGUUUGGAUUAAAUCUUUAUUUUAGCAGGAGUGAGAUGGACCAUCUUACUUUCAACAAGCUUUGUUUGUGUUAUUUUUGGUUAAUUUUGAACAGAAUUAACAGACGUAAUAUUUUGUUAUCAGCGUGAGCGUCUUUGUUAAUGGGUUAGGGUUAACUGAGUUAUGUUUUGGAUUAACUAGUCCUGACAACCUAUUGAGUUUUAAUUAGGAAAAUGAAUUUAGUCAUUGAUACAUCUGCUACUUCGCGACCUAGGGAACAUGGUUUUCGAGGCUUUUGACAGGAAGUCUAGAAAAGUCUGUUUUUAUUUCUUCCACAUGGAGCAGUCUUUUGUAAACGAACCCUUCAGAGUGAAGCUCGUGUACAUCGUCCUCCUCUCUGCCUCCAUUGUUCGGACUUUCACCUUGCGGAUAUAGAAAGGAUGCCUACUGUACGGUUAUACGAGCCUCGGGUGGCUGCGCCGCGUCCAGGCUUUUAGUGUGAGCCCUCGCAGCGUGUUCUCAGAUCUAUCAAAAGACAUUUUGUUGGUGUUACACAGAUACACAAUGUUUCCUGAGGGAAGCUGUGGAUGAGAGUCUCUUUCAUGUGAAAUACAUUAAAUACGUGUGGAGCUGUUUUUACAAAAGAGAGGAACUUUGGUAACUGGGGGGCAGCACCAGAUGGGACCAGACUACCAUUUCCACUGAAGUAUCCUCAGUCUCUCAGACUCGGUUUUGUCUCUGUUCCUCACUUAAAAGGAGAGCCGUGUGUGAUGAAGUUUAGGGUUAAAGCCAGCUUGCUGUUUCAGAGCUAAUUGACCUGUCUUUGUGAUUGAUUGGGAUCCAUUUUGUCUGUGCUGCCUCGUACAGUUCUCCUGCUACCUCAGUCCUCGUCCGGCUUUUGUCUCCCCUUUACUCGAGACGCACCUCUCAUCACUUUCCCAAUCACUUCCUCAUCACAGGCGCAGAGGAGUAUCUUCGAUCAGGAUCAAUCAGCGCCGGCUGAGGAUGCUUUUAUUUCAUCUUACUCAGUGUUGUACUUGAGUCAUCACACCUAAGGUCUGAGCGGUAGUGAUAGGCACAGCAGUUUUUUAGAUGUACUUAAUCUCUAGAAUCAGUUCACUGAAAAGAUUCAUUCAAAAGAUUCGUUCACCAAAUCACCGAAUCAUUUAGUGCUCAGCGGGAGAAACCUGCGACUCCGACCUCCCGAACUGAUACACAGCUGAACGUUUCAGGAUUCAGUUUAAUUCAUAGCUUCUUGGACCGGGAGACGAGAGUGUUUGGCUGAGUUGCUUUGACAAACAGGUUUGUUAAAAUGAACUUGUUAAUAGGUCAUGAUGUUGUAAGUGUACUGUCCUAUGGUAUGCUAUUUAUCAGGUCUGCUCAGUAAAUUUGGCUAAGUGAGUGAUUCGUUGUGUCCUGUUGUAUGCAAGUUGUUGUGAUGGCAAUUUAGCAGUAAAAAAAUUGUAGUUUUUGUCAGACAAAAAUGAUUCCAGAGAGUGUAGUUCAAUGCGUGAUUCGUUCACCAAGUGAUUCAGGCAUCAGUGCAUGGGGUUCCUCAUUCGCCGGCUGCUGGCCUGGCAAUGAUGUUUCUCUCUUUAGCUCAACUGAAGUAAGAAACGAACGAAUCACUGGAGGAAGUGAUUCGGUUCAGUACGUUCACUUAAAAGAUUCGGUUCUUUUGAACGAAUCGUUCGUGAGCGACAUAACAUUCCUGAGUGGAGAGUCAGGUCCUCAAUAUUCAAGUCUGAGUAGGGUUGCAAAAUUCCGUGAAUUUUCACAGUUGGAAACUUUCCAUGGGAAUUAACAGGAAUAAAUCUGAAAUUUACAAAAUUGAAGGUUGGCUCUCAUCGGGGAACUUAAAUAUAGUUGGUGAAAAUAUAUUGUAGCAUAAUUUUGACUAAAACAACCAGAUUUAAUGCAAGUACACGCUUCUGUGACCAUACAAUCAUUUAUUCGUCACUUGUCAAAUAUUAAUAAUAUGUUGUUUAGCCAACUAUAUUUCUAUUUUUGCCAUUGCAUUAGUGUUUUUACAAGUUUUUUUGUUAUUUUAUUCUACAGAAAAAUUUCACAUUUGCCAUCUGAUGUUUGUCAUGUUUUUAAAUUGUAUUAUUUGCAUGGACAAAAAUAUUUACAUUUAUGUUUGGAUAUAAUUCAGGUUGUAUAAAUUACCCACAAUUUCCCGUUAAUUCCCAUAAAUUUCUAUGAAUUCCCAUGGAAAGUUUCCAAUUUGGAAUAUUUCCAAAACUCUCAAGCUUAACUGAUAUGGAACGUUUCUGGAAAUUUAUUGGAAAUUUACUGGGGUUGCCCCUUUGCAACCCUAGUGGAGAGUCAGGUCCUCAUUAUUCAAGUCUGAGUGAAAGGGUUAGGCUAGAAUCGACCUUUUGGAUGUGAAGAAAUCAUGUCAUGUAUGCUGUUAGUCGUCUAUUUAUCAAAUGGUUGAUAUAUGAUGUAUUUUUCAGGGCUGUCCUGUCAGCUCUUUGUGUCCCAGCUCAGGACAACAGAAAUAUUAGCCUGAGGACAGAUGCCGCUGCAAGGGCGUGUGUUUCUGCCAGCUGGUGAUGAUGAAGCUGAGCUCGGGUCACCUUGGUCACUGGCACUAAACUGCAUUGGAUACUGCUCAUUGGACGCUGCUGCUUUCUAUACGCUAGACCGCAGCCUCCCAAAGUGACCUUCCAAAAGUCUGCAGAGGCCUGGGAUCUGUGCCACCGGCCGAGCCACAGAGACACAGUACAUGGAGAGGGAUUAUGUCAUGAUGAGAGGUCAGCGUGGGUUAGCUUUCUGAUUUAAUCACAGUGUCAGAGUUCACAGCUGUCAGCAUGCUGUCGGCGCAGGGAAAGCACGUCUUUGUUUUUGUUUUCUUUUUGAUUUAACCUUGGCUUACGUCAGCGUUGAUGUGUUUUUGGCAUGCUCAUCUUUGUUUACCUGCGUCUGAUUGACAGACAUGUCUCUCUUGUUUUCAACCAGAACCCUCGGUUCAAAGCUUGUUCAAACACUCCCUCUCUCGUCCUCACUCUCUCUUUGUGCUCAGCUGGUGUCUUCCCUCCGUGUCAUCAGAUAAAUCUCCAGCGCUCCGUGGUUUAUCUCCCUUCUCUUUCAGUUCAGACGGCCCCCUGCCUGCGCCGUGUCUCCCUGUGGUCACUGGGAGGGUCACAAAGCAGGCAGCUCUAUCACAUUUGCCAUUCGGAUCACCGUCACGCUGUGCUGUCCUGUAGCGGGGUUCAACAGAGUACAGUGGCGUAGCGGGUCGGCGGUGCAAGAGCUGGCAGGAACCUUGUAGAUCGAUACUCGGGGCAGAUGAGAGGGCUGGUUGGGUGGAGGGGUAGCUGGGCGGUAUCCUCCGACAUCUGCAACAACAGGAGCAGAAUCAAACAACACCCAGUGUGUGAACUGUGUCAUGCUGAGGCAACAAGUCAAUAAAAAUGCUGAAAGGGUAAGCCGGGACUUCCUGGUGACUGUGGGUUUAAAGAUGCUGACUGUGUAAUCACAGCAACCCUGAUUUAGUCCAGCCGGGAUUUAAUGCUUUAUUAUUAUAGAUGACUCCUUAUAAGGGCAAAACUGGUCGAGAGGAGGAGCUUAAUCAGUAUUUUGAUAUUCCUAUUUACAAAAAGAGGAAUUUAAAGCUCCUCUGAGAAUUUUUUUGAUGUUUAUGAAAUAGUCUAAAAUUUGUAUUGAUGCCUUUUGAAGACCAUUUAUAACAAGACUGAAGAGGUCUAUAUUUUAAUUUUUCUCAAUGUAUACUUUUUUUUAUUUUUCCAACAUUCUCAUGCAUGAUGGGACAUCAAACAUAACAAAUUCCAUGACAAAAAGAUAACAGUUAUAAUAACAAUAACCAUAAUAAUAUUUAAAAUAAUAAUAAUAAUAAUGAUGAUGAUGACGAUAAUAAAAUAAUAAUGAUAAUAAUAACAAUAAUAAUAAUAAUGAUAGUAAUAAUAAUAAAAUAAUAAAAAAUAAUUAAAAAAAUAAUAAAAUAAUAUUACAUAAAAACAUUAUUAUGAUAUUUAUUUAUUUUUUAAUAUUAUUAUUAUUUUUUUAUUAUUAUAGUAAACAACAACAACCCUCCCUUUCAUACAACCAAAGGGGUCACCCCGCUGCUAUAGCUGAGUACAUCUCUAUCGCCUCAAAACUUGACAUUAUUAGAUAUUAUUUGAUUAUAUUAUAUAUAUAUAUUAUAUUGUAAUUUUAAUCCCUCAAAUUAAUGACACAUUCCAAUUUAACAAUCCGUCGGAAGAGAUUUUUUGUCGAAAAUCAUUGGAAGACAAAUAAGUAAGGACUCCUAUGUCCACAGGGGGCGCCAAAAAUGACCGAAACUGAAAGGUCCUCACAGGAGCUUUAAAUUUUCACUAGUAAUCGGGUUCAAAAGUAGAGAAACAUCCCAAUAAAAUCACAGAAUUUGCGAGGAAAUGAAGUCAAAUUGUUCUGCUGAGUGUAGCUAAAGUUAGCAGAGAAUACUACUUUAAGACACCAUCUGUCCUCUGAGCUUGUUUACAAACGAACAUUGAUAUUUCAUUUACCUGACAAGUAAUCUGGUGCAGGCUGGUGAGGGUGACCAAGUUUAAUCGUGUAGUUGACAAAAGACACACGUCCCUAAUUAGCAGAUAAACAAAUAACAAAAAUGAUAGUCAAUCGUAGCUGCAGUGACUGUCUAAGGGAGGAAGAUAUAAUGCUAGUAAUGAGGCUGUCAUCAGCAAGUAGCAGAAUUAUUAGUAUAAAAUUUAUACUGCUGUCGCUGUACAUUUAAACUGAUGGUAUUGUGAAUAAACACUGGACUGUGUAAUAAGUUUCAUGCAGCUGAUAAAGUCAAAUGAUCAAAUGAGAGUUGUUUGUUUCUGUGUUUUUCAGACCACAUUUCAAACCUCAGUCGUCUUUCUAGCAGAGAGGAUCUUCCUUGGUUUUCUUUCCUCAUGUCUGCUUAGUCAGAGUAUAAAUGUGUUAAAAUGAAAUCACUCUCUUCAUCACCCCGUGCCAGUCUCAGAAACCCGUUUGUUCUGUCGCAGCACGCUCCCUUUCUGUCUCGUGACAUAAACAAAUCUGCCUAAGCGGGGCAACAAUCUGAAGAAUUUCGAGUAGUGUAAUCUGACCUGCUUUGUUUACGUAUCAUACGCUCUGUUAGGAUCUGAAGAGGUAAUCAAAACCCCAUGCAGUCAUUAUGCUAAUCCCAGUGACUCUGAUAAACAGACAUGAGGUAGUGAGGACAAAAGGGAGCAAAAGUGAAAACAAUGUCUGAAUGCAUCAGACAGGUGUGUUCUCUAUGAAAUCUCUGUUUUUUUUUACAGUUCUGAGCUGAUCUAGUGUUACCUCUGCUGAGACACCCAUUCAUUUUAAUGGGUGGGACAAUAUUGGUAUUACAGUUUAGGACAGUAUCAUCGGCAUAACUCCCACAAUACAGUUAGAGGAUUGCUAGCACUAGUAGGCUUCCUUUAAUAAUCAAUACAGCUGUCUGAACACAUUGACCUCCCAGUUUGACUCAGCCUGUCACCACUUCAUGACUUCUCACAGAGGCAUUAAUAACGCUGAUGCAGCACUUUUAUCAUAUCAUAUCACAUUGCAUCAUAACAUGUCAUAUAUAUCCCUUUGUUCUGUAGUGUAUCAUAUCCUGUCCUAUCACAUUGCAAUGGCACGUCAUGUCACUUCAUGGUUCAUAUUAUAACACAACGUAUCAUAUUGUAUGGUAUCUUAUCUUAUCGUAUCGUAUGGUAUCAUAUGGUAUCAUAUUGUAUCAUAUCGUAUUGUAUUGUAUCUUAUCUUAACGUAUCAUAUGGUAUCGUAUCAUAUGGUAUCGUAUCGUAUUGUAUCAUAUCAUAUCAUAUCAUAUCAUGUCAUAUCGUAUCAUAUUGUAUCGUAUCGUAUUGUAUCAUAUUGUAUUGUAUCGUAUCUUAUUAUAUUAUAUCAUAUCAUAUUAUAUCAUAUCAUAUUGUAUCAUCUUGUAUUGUAUUGUAUUGUAUCAUAUUUUAUUGUAUCGUAUCACAUCAUAGCAUAUCAUAUCGUAUCAUAUUGUAUCGUAUCCCACAGUAUCGAAUCACAUCGUAUCAUACCAUAUCAUGAUAAAUGGUAUCAUAAUAUAUCGUAUUGUAUGAUAAUGUUAACAUACACUAUCACAUAUCCAGUUGUAGUGUAGUAAAUCAUAUUGUAAUGUAUCCCAUCGUACCGUAUCAUAAUGUAAUUUAUGUAUAGUAACAUAUCAUAUUGUUGCAUUUUGCAUUGUAUCGAAUUGUAUCAGUUUAUAUUGUAACAAAACUAACUAAACCAAAUCGUAUCACAACAUAUUGUAUCAUACUGUACUGUACUGAAUGUAUCAUAUAUACUAUUAUUUCACAGCUUACUAACAUAUAUUGAUCAUAUUAUAUCGUAUCACAACUUAUGGUAUCUAAUUAUUUGUAACAUUUUGUAUCAUUUUACAUUGUGUUGUAUCAUGUCUUAUAAUAUUGUACUCUACGGUAUAUCAUGUGUUCCUAUCACAGUGUCAUGUUGUAUCACAUGAUAUUGUAUGAUGUAUUGCACAGUUACACAUCGCAUCAGAUCUUAAUGUUUUCUUUCCCAUCUCAUCACAUCACAUUAUAAGUAAGGCUGUGGUUCACAUUCCUAUUAAUGAUGAGUUUGAUAGAAGAUGAAAACAAACAGUAAGAUUGUAAACGGGCACAAAUUAAGUUUCGCUUGAUGUUGAUUCUCAGCAGCAGAUGAGUCUCAACCAUGGCAGCCUAUUUCUGAAAUCUCUGCCUCUACCUUCCCACUGCCUUCCAUAUUUGUCAUCAUUAGCAGCUUAGUGGGCAUGUGAGCUCUGAACAAAUGGUGUCCGUGCAGGCGAUGAAGAAACAGAGCGGAGGGUAACUGAGCGGUGAGGAGAAAAGAGGGGAAAGACGCUGAAGAGGAGGGCGCACCAGGUAUCACACAGAGCGAGUGUUUGAUCUGUGAUAGCGGCACUUUGAUAAAGAUUAAAGGUUAUUUAUGUUUACUUGUUUACUACAGCAAGGAGCUCUUGUUUGUCUGUUGGACUUAAGGCGACUGUAGGUGGCUGCUAAGCUUAGCUGUAUGUGAUACAGGUGACCGAUAUGGGGUCAGUUAGUCAUAAUUUCUGGCUAAACAAAUAAGAACCUUGUUGCUAUCUCUGACUCCGGCACAGUGGCGAGUACACUUGGUCCUACAUCACACCUCUGUGACACUCAUAUGUAAGAUGAGACGUUAUGAGGGUGUAAAUACUGCACCUCUAACUGGUAUGAAAAGAGCUUAUCUUAUCGUCCAACUCGGUGAGAAGCAAAUAACCUUUUUACCCACUUAUCUUCAACUCUCCUUUAAUUUUAUUUGAUCGUCCAGGUUCAUUAUACGCCACCGUCUCUGUUAAAAGUCCUCUUGGCAUGGUUUACCGUAAAGUCAACUAAUCCUUUAUGAUCUGAUCUGAUAAAGCCAGCAUCAGGUUACCAAGAUUUAUGCUGCAAAUCUUUCCAAAACACUUUGACUCAGAGACGCUUGAACAGCCAAGAAAAGAGAGAGAGGGGGAGAGAGUUUCCCAGGAAGGCCCUGAAAAGAAGGUAUAAAAGGUUUUGCGAGGUCAGUUGGUCCGUUGCUGCGGCCCAGUUCCUCACAUGGAACCCUUGUUCCUUGUUUGGAAGAAAUGUGCUAAUCCCCAUGGGCCCUCUCUGGACCCCAGCCAACAUUUGAAGACAAAAAGAGCCCAAAAAAAAAAUCUGCUUUUGUUCUUCAAACAGGCUUUUGUACUCCUAACCUCUCUCACUGUGCCUCGCUGUGUUUUACAGAGCGGUUAUGAUGCAUUGUAUAAUGGUUGUUGUUGUGAUGGCACAGUUUCCUCUGGAGGUUUUGUAUAGUAGAAUGUACACGCUCGGUGGCCCCCUCAACUAUGUGGUCUCUGAACUUCUCGGUAUGUUGCUGUUCGCCUUGAGUGUUUUUUAUUAGCCGUGCUGUGUAAUAAACCGAGCAGAGGAAGGAUCCGGCCCUGCGUGGGCCUCCUGACACCUGAUACUGAGGCUUGAGUGCGUCAAGCUGCGGGAUUUGGAAAAAGAGCACAUGAUGUAGGCAGUCAGAUGAUAAAGCUAUACCUUACAUAAGAGGACCCCCUCAGUCAGUCAGUAAAUAGCACCGACUGAGGGAAUGCCUUAAGAGUUUAAGAGCCCUGUGGUCCCGCUGGCUCUGAUUUCACCCCGUCUGAUGUCAGCUGAGUGUUUCAUUGCCCCGUCCUUAAUUGAACUUUGGCUUAGCACGCUUUGCAAUUAGAGCUGUAAUCCUUAAGAUUGCAGCUCCGGUUGAUUAGGAAAUACCCAGGCUUACUGUGGGUAGCACAAAGUGAGAGUUACAACUUCAGCUAACACCCGCUGAGCCGCUCUGUUACAAGAAAUGCAACAAAGUGCAAAUAACCAGUGACAAAUUAAACAUUUCACCAUUGCAACAUGACCAGUGAGACAGAGCUGGUUCUGUUUCUUCCACUUAAAUUACACAGUUAACACAUUUCAGCUUUAUCAAAAACAAAACAUCUUCUGCAGUGUCUGUAUUGCUCACUUGAACUUGCCCAUUUUGGAGUGUCCUUAUUCUAGUAAAUUGUAAACUUCCACUAUGAAUAAAGAAAUCAGUGUUAAAGUUUGAUUUUGAAUGUGAAUGGACCAGUGUGACCUGGAAACCUCUUUUGAGAAGGUUAAAGACAUUUUUAGAUCAGAUAAGUUUGUUUUGGAGACUGGUUCCUCUGGGUUCAUUCAGCGUGUUUACAUGCAGACUCAAAUCAAGCGAAGGUCAUAAAUCCAUCAUGUGAUGUACUUGGACUACUGUCCUUGACCCAGUCUUGUCGGUGACCUAUUGUGCCAGGUAUGAAAACAAUCAAUGAACCUGUCUGAAAUGAUUAAUAUGGUGAUUAUUACUUCAAGGAAACGAUAAAGUAGUGAUCAUAAAUGUUCUUCCUUGAGCUGUGUCCCCCCGCUGUUGUAUGGACUGGCCUGAGGUCUCACUACAAACUGCUGCUGGAAGAGAGUAGGUGAGUUUUGUUUAGUCUCUUUGCUAAAGAAAUUAGGCAAAGCUAAAAAGAUGUUUGGUGGCUAGUGCUAUGGCUGGGACCCUAUAUGUACUGUUGAUGAAGUUAGGUGCUGUUCUGAACAUCAUUUGUGGCUAUAGAGUGGCGUUUUGGUUGAGGUUUGUUUAUGGAUCCUGAGACCGCAGUGUAUUGCUAUCAUGCGGUCGUUACUAAAGUUGGUAUAACUAGAGAAGCAAGCGACGGCAACAUUCAUCUCUCCAGAGGGUGUCUAACUCGUUGUUAUGGUGUGUUUGACCCUAAAUUAAUUUUACGCCGGAAUAUUCCUUUAAUUUUGUUCAAAGCAAGUACAGGACAAACAAUCGACCCCUAACUGCAUCAUCAUCAGGAUAUGAUAGCCUGACUUUGAGACAGUUGGACUAACAUGAUCCAGACCCAAUCAAGUUUUUGAACAUCAUGUUAACACACUGACAUACUAGGCCCCAUUUGUGCAGAAACAUGAGUAAACAACCAAGAGUAAUGGCCACACCCAUUUCGUGCUCACCCUUUACAUGAGCAAUAACACCUAAAUCCACCUUCUUCAGGGGACCAGGAAGUGUUUGCAUUUCAGUGGCGCUGUUGCUUAAAUGUGCUUCAUCAAUAAACUCGCCUAGCUUUGUGACAGCUAGAUUUUGGAAGUGCAACAUGUCAAAAAUUUGAUGCGGGUCGCCAGAAUGUGAGUGCAUCAAAAUAUAGGUAUUAAAAAUGGCAUCAUGAUUGACACCUCUGUAGUCAAAUGCACCUCCUGCAAUUUUGCAGAUUAGUAGAGUGGCUCCAUUAGCCAGAUUGCUUUUGUCCAUUUCACGGCCACAAAAUACGCCACUGAGGCGAUAUGUCAGCACCCACUGGGACUGUGUUUUGGCCUCAGAUUUUACACUGGAAAAGAAGGGAGGCGUGUCAUCCAUAUUUAUGUCCAGUGUGGCCAAAUAUUUGCCAGUUUUGAUCCCGAUUUCUCGAACUUUCAGAGUAUGCAGAGACUAGAACAGAUGCUGCUUUCUUUAGCCUCCAUGAAAACAGAGAGGCUUUUUCUCUAUUCCUCGAAAUUACACAGUCUUAUAAGCCGUUGGUUUUUCAUUAAACCGUUUUACAACACGACCAAAGAAACUUGUGUUGUUUGGACAAAGAAUUCAGUCAAUAAUCUGCUUUUUUUUUUCUGUUACGCAAUACGCAACCAAAGAUUUUCAUGCUGCACUGCACAAGUAGUUUUUCACACAACAGCAGGACACAGUGAAAGGAGCUGGUAACUUACUGGUGUGCAGAGGCACCCCCCCACACACACACAUACAGAGCUUUGUGCUAAACAGCUCAACAUGCCUCUUUUUAAACAUCCAUUUUCCCCAUUAAUAUAAAACAAUAGAUGUGCUGUAUGAAAUAUUCUGAUGGGCUGUCAAAGUCAACACUAACAGCCUCUUCAAAAUUAGAGUCGUCCUCUAAUGAGGCUUAACAGAUGAAUGCUGCAAAUGUGCUCAAGCUGUGAAAUAGAUGAAAAAGUUCAAUUCUGAGGCUUAUUUCUCUGGAAAAAACAACAGGAUGGCUUACAUAUUUCAUUGUUUCCUCUAAAUCUUCAGCUAAAAAUCAAAAAUACUGCAUGGAGAGGAGCUGUAAACACACCCAACAGCCAAGAGUGUUGUAGUGUCGAGAAAGUGGGACUUACUAACCAGAGACCCCGAGGAGGAAGAGGCUUGUUGUAAGCAGGAAAUAGAAAUAUGCUUUUGGUUUGCAUUAUUUUUUUCCAGGUAAUAGUUGUUGUAAGUGAAGUGAAAUAAAGCAGAGUGAACGCGCGCAGUUCUUAACCCUUCUAAUGGAAAAUAAGAGGUCUCCCUCCGAGACCCCUGUCGCUCCCGCUGUUUGCACAAAAUGGUUCAGUCCACCCUCGACAAGUUGACAGGAUUGAUCUGACUGCUGCCAAUCAAGCAGCGAGAGUGUUGUUGCGGCGGCAUGUCCCCCUUAAAGCGAAAUAAGAAAACAGAAACAAAAGAGAGAAAGAAGGCAAGCCGGAAGGAAAUGUUUUUACAAAACCCAAUUCCACUGAAGUUGGGAAGAUGUGUAAAUCGUAAAUAAAAACGGAAUACAAUGAUUUACAAAUCCUUUUCAACCUAUAUUCAAUUAUGUUAUUAUGUUCAAACUCAUGAACUUUAUUGUCUUUUUGCAAAUAUUCAUUAACUUUAGAAUUCGAUGGCAGCAAAACGUGACAAAGAAGUUUGGAAAGGCGGCAAAAAAUACUGAGAAAUUUGAGGAAUGCUCAUCAAACACCUAUUUGGCACAUCCCACAGGUGAGCAGGCUAAUUGGGAACAGGUGGGUGCCAUGAUUGGGUAUAAAAGCAGCUUUCCCCCUCAAAAAAACGGAUUUGCAAAUCAUUGUAUUCUGUUUUAUUUACGUUUAUCACAAUUUCCCAACUUCAUCGGAACUGGGUUUUGUAUUUCUUUAUUAUAAAACAAAGGGGUGGUAUGAGUCUCGUUUAAAAUAUGAUUAUCCCCCAAGAAAUCUGCGUUAGAGUUUGUGUAUCAACAUAUUGUUUUGGCUUUAAACUAAAGAACUUGGAUGUCAUAACUUCUAACUGAUGCCACCUGUCAGCCGCCAUUGCAAAGGAAGGUGAAUGAUUGGUUGAGAUGAUUUGAUUCCAAAUUAAAGGAUUUCGCUUGAGGAUGAAGUUUGCACUGACUGAAUGAUGUACUUAAUGUCCUCCUCUUCUGUCUCCUCAGAGCCGCUUCUUUAAUUGACAUUCGGAUAAUCCGCCCAAGAACAAGAUGGUGACCUUGGAAACCCCGGAGUCCCCCGUGCCUCUGACGGCGCUGUCCCGCUGGUAUCUCUACGCCAUCCACGGCUACUUCUGCGAGGUCAUGUUCACAGCCGCCUGGGAGUUCGUGGUCAACUGCAACUGGAAGUUCCCCGGCGUGACCAGCGUGUGGGCGCUCUUCAUCUACGGCACCUGCAUCCUCAUCGUGGAGCAGAUGUACUUGAAGCUGCGCAGCCGCUGCCCCGUGCUGCUUCGCUGCAUCAUCUACACCUUAUGGACGUACCUGUGGGAGUUUGGCACGGGGUUGCUUUUGCGCCAGUUCAACGCCUGUCCCUGGGACUACACCGAGUUUCGCUACAACUUCAUGGGGCUGAUCACGGCUGAGUACGCAGUGCCCUGGUUCUGCGCCUCCUUCAUCGUGGAGCGCCUGGUUAUUCGUAAAACCCUGCGGCUGCGCUUCCACGAGGGGCCCGAGGACGGCUGGUCAAAGCAUCGGUUGGAUGCAGGGGGAGGUGAAGGAGGAGGGGCGGGGGGACCUUUGGAGGGUGGGAGGAGGAGAGAGAGGAUGAGGGGGAUGAUGAGUGAUGCUAACGGCUACCUUAAAGUAGAAUGAGAGCGGAAAAAUGAAGAAUGACGCACUCGAAACCAGCCCGAUAGUCCUGCUCCACCCUCCUCAGCCACUUUUCAUAAACUCCUCCCAUGAACUGCACCAGAGGGGAGGACAAACAGACAGCUGUGUAGACUGGGCUCACGUGCAGAGGUGUGAAGAGUAUCAAAACAGCGAGAAAACAAAACCCAACUGGGUCUUAAGAAAACCCAAACCACUCUGCGUGCUCUCUAGAGUCUACAGAGGCACCAUAACUCCAUGCUGCUGUGUUUGCUGCAUCCCAUAACACCCCCUACCCAUUCCCACCCAUGUGCCGCUGACCUUGAGGAGAUCAGUUUCUUGAAUGACCGGGAGUUCGCUCUUAAUUCCUCCUCUCCCAUCGACUGCAAAAACUCGGGAUUAAAACAGAAAAAAAAAAGAAAAAAGUCGCAGAGAUUAGUGUUAUCACCCCGCAGAAGAACAAACAGUAACAUUUCUGUUUUUCAAGGGCGUCUCUGUCAGUGAAAAAGCAGAAUGUUUGCUGCAAAGAAGACAAAAUAAAAGUAGCUGCAGCUGUUCUUUUUAAAGAUGUACAUAAUGUUCUUUAGUAUUAUUCAAAAGUACUGUAGUAAUGUAGCUACAAGAAGCUCUUACAGAACAUACCGUCCACCCAGAGGCAGUGCUCCAUGUGUCUGCUUUACACCAUGAAGAAUGUGUUUCUGCCGCUAGUGAAUACCCACAAUGCCUGGUAUAGAAAAAAGCAUGAGAAAGUUGUCUUCCUGUAUAAUAUAUGUUAAAACAGAACUCAUUCAGCGGUCAUAAUGUAUGUCUUGUGAGUCAGUCAGCUGCUUGUGUGAAGGACGAUCAUAAUCUGGGGACAGUGCUCCUCCUGACAGCAUGUCGAAGUGUCUUGGAGUGAGACGCUGAACCUCAAACUGCUCCUGGUGAGCAGAUCACAGCCUUGCAUGGCAGCUUCUCCGCCAUCAGUGUGUGAAUGGAUUUGUAUGUGUGUGUGAGUGUGUGUGUGUGUGUGAGUGUGUAGGCGCUGAAUAAAUGUAGUCCAUUUACAAUAAUAGCAGGGCCGCUUUUCUGUUCAUGGCAGUGGUUGUGAGUCAUGAGCAGCAGCAUCAAACCUCUCCGUAAUUUCCUUUUUAUAGUUUCUCAUAAUCUUUUCAUGACUCACUCUGUGUGUGCAUGUCCAUUCGUGUGUGCUUUAAAGUUGAUCUACAGCCGCAUUUCUUCAUUCAUUUAAAUGUUAUUUAAAUAUUUGUCCUCACAUGUGAUUUUCUUUCCACUCAUGGCUUCUUCCAUUUAUGAAAUACUACUGAAUUUCUCCGUACACUGUAAGUAACAAAAGAAGUCGAUUUUUAGCGAGAGAUUUGGGGUUUUUACUUGAAAAUACAAGAAACUGUCACAGAUUUUUCCAUCAGAGCAUUUUCACCGGGUAUUGUGCAGUUUCCACUCAAAAUUUUGUCCUUUUAUUUUUGGCUCAGUACAAAUUUUAAUAGCAGGAAACACAGCAAAUUAUAAAUAAAAAUAGUCGUAAUUGGUUUGGCAAAUAUUCCUUGGCUUUCAAAGUAUUAAAAAUGGCUUAAAAUCCUCUUGUUUGGUCAAAAUAUAAACCUAUAUAACAUAGAAAAACCUAGAUACUUAUUAAAGUUACACUACAUGUCUUAAAUAGUCUUAAUGUCCAGACAUCUGGGACUCCAUGCAGGUGAAAAACAUAAAGAACAAUGCCUAUUUCCUCAAAUGUUGUCCAUGUGGAUCAUGUGACUUCCUGUACUCGACAGAUCAAGACUGUACACUUUCCUCUUUCAUGCAAAAACGAGCUGACGGUUCAUGUUAACGGGUGGAUUUGGUGCUAAUGGGACAAGCAUAAAAACAAGAUAGACACUCCUCUACGUAGUAAUGUGAAGAUACCAGUGGAUUGACUGUGAACAUGAAAUGGAAGUAUGAUUGUUUAGAAGUAUGGCUCUGAAGCAUCAUGACAGUAUGGACAUUGCUAUUUUAACUUCUAAUAGAAAAACUGCAACAACAACAACAACAACAAAAGAAUGGAUCAAAAUCAGUGUUGUCAUAUAACACUACUUAGCAGGAUGCAUUUCCACAUGAGACAUAUUGCUGCCACCUACUGGACACUUUAAAAAUUGCAUAAACAGAAGCCAGAUGAAAUAAGAUGUGUAUAAUUCCAUGUUAAAAAAUAAGGUUCUUUUGUGUUAAUCAUUUUUAUUGCCUUUGUUUUUAUAUGUAUGUUUUAUAUCAUACAUUAAUCAACAGGCUUAAAAGCAAUAGAAGUGUCUGACCUUGCAAUGAAUACUCCAGCUCAAGGCUGCAAACAUUUUUCUCUUUAAAAAAAUCUACUAAACUACAUUAUCGGAAAUGGUAUGCAGCUAUUGUCUGUUUCCAAUUCUGCUGCUUAGAUGAGACAAAUUACAAGGUAAUGCAAGAAGUGUAUUUGUUCUCUGCAAUAUGUGAAAGGAGGAGUAUUAGGUGAGUGAUUACUAGUGCGUGUUUACAGAGAUACAUUCUCUGUGUAUGUAUAUGCAUGUAAAGUAUGUUUAAACUGAACUGAUUCUCUGGUAUUUUUACCUUGAAGCUGCAUGUCCUCGAGUUUUCAAACUCUCCUCCCAAAAUGAUUUUAUCCUAUUAAUUAUUAGCCCCAUGUACUGUAACGGUUUUUUAAAAUAUGAUGUACAGGUUUUUAGUGAAAUUACUGUACUGUAUAUCACUAACUUUGAUUAUGUUCCAUGUAUGAUUUAUCAGACUUUGGGAUUAAAUGUAUUUAUUUGAUCAUAA